CACUUUUUUGGAAAUGUGUCCGACAAGCGGAAGUGAAUAAUGUUUACUUGUUCUUCUGUAGUUAAAAAAAAACUUUUUAAUAACGGUGUUUGGAACAACCUUUAAAUGUUCAGUGUGGAUCUGAGUCGGUGCUAAAAUGUCUCGAUUUAAAGAGCACAUUGAUAAAGUGACUCGGGUUUAUCAGCGUUAUGCAGAGUAUGUAAAAAAGAAUCCGAUUGCAACGGCCCAGGUGGAGAGCGCAGUUCGGACCAUCUCUUACCUAAUUGCAGGAAGAUUUGCCGAUUCCCAUGAACUGUCUGAACUUGUCUAUUCUGCUUCCAAUCUCCUGGUGCUGUUUAAUGACAGCAUUCUGCGCAAAGGGCUCAAGUGUGCCCUAACUGUGUCCAUCUCAGAGCAGAGAAUCCUGACCUGGCUCUCGGUGUUGGAGUAUGUGGAGGUUUUCCUUGAGAUGGGCACCCAAAAGGUGUGCGGUGAAGUUGGCUGCUGGCUGGUCAUUGGACUCAUUCAAAUUUUUAAGGCAGUUUUUCGCCUUGUGCUUCUUUUGUGGUACAAAUCGGGCAUUCAGACUUCACCGCCCAUCAUCCCCCUUGACCGAGGUGCAGAAAUUGCUGCAGAAGAGGAUGGGAGUGUGGAGCAGCAGGACGACGCCUGCUUUGUAGGCCAGAGGUCAGGCCGUGUCAUCAGAUCCCUGCAUGGCGCAGGGUCCUCUGUGCCACCCCGGCAGUGGGGAGCAGCCAGUGAGAAGAAGAGGAGUCGGAACUUGAGGGAAGAGAAGCUCCACAGCAAACCGACACCUUUGAAGCUGCAAGAGACCGUCGCUGAGACUGUGUCCAUCAGUCGACCUCUUGUGCAUUUACUCAGCCUUGGACUGUGCGGAAAACAGUCUUGGAAGCCAUGGCUUAUCUCCGCAGGUCUGGAGCUUUCCAGCUUUGCCGUGCUCCAUGAGAGAAUAUUUGAUAACCGAUGGGAGAGGGAGGAGAUGAGGAGAAGAACCUUUCUUUUACUCUACUACCUUGUCCGUUCUCCAUUCUAUGACAGAUAUUCAGAGGAAAAGAUUCUCUUCCUGCUGCGACUUCUGGCCAAGCAUGUUCCUGGAAUAGGCCUGAUAGCGCGGCCUCUCAUGGAUUACCUGCCCACCUGGCAGAAGAUCUACUUCUACAACUGGGGAUAAAGCAAAAAAACAGAUAGCCGUUGGAAGUAGACACGCUGCCACAACACAGAGUCCAUCUGUAAUAAAUAUUUAGUAACACUUU